AGAGCCACACAUUGAUAGCACUGGCCCAUAUGCACGCAAACUGAAGGCAUACAGUAUUUGUGCUGACUUAAAGACCGGCUAGCAGCGUUAAUAUUGCAUUGGAGGCCCACCCUGUGCAACAAUGUCGACAACCAUGGCCUCCUCGAUGACAGUCCAUACCCGCGUCAGCUCCUCAGCUUUCGGCCGGGCCGCGCCCCGCUUUAGGGUGUCCCUCACACAAGCGCUGCGGCUUGCGCCGGCGCCUAACAGGCACCAGAAGGCUUUCCAUGUGAGAGCUAACGAGAAGCAGGGCAAGGGAGGCGAGGAGGGAGGCCGAAAGUUCGACGACUCCGUCUUCGGCAAGUUGGCCAAGAGCCCCAACUUCCCACUGUUGUCCUCAGCGAUCCUGAAGGCUGGAUUGGAGCCAACUCUAGUUGGCAAGGGACCCUUCACAGUGUUUGCCCCCACCGAUGACGCGUUCUUCCAGGCAGCGAAGGACUUGGGCGUCAGCAAGGUUGAGCUUGUGAGUUUGCCGCAAAUGGCUGACAUCCUUAAGAACCACGUGCUUGAAGGAGAGGUCUUGUCCAGCUCUCUAAAGGAUGGAGAUGAGCCAACCACCAUAGGAGGCGGCAAGCUCAAGAUUAGUGUGUCUGGUGGCGUAAAAGUCAACGACGCCACCGUCAAAAAGGCCGAUUUCAAGGCUACAAAUGGAGUGAUUCACGUUGUGGACAAGGUUCUCCUGCCAUAAAUGAUCAGGGAGCUUGGUAAAGGAUAGCUUGGUCUUUUGUUUGCCCCAGUUGCGUCGACCCAGGAGCGCCACCAAUCACUGAUUGGCAGCUGGCAGCUAUCACUAUGCUGUAUACCAUGCUGAUUGAGGAAUGCAGUGCUGUUUUGCUGGUGUAGUGAGCCUAAAGUGUUACCAAUGUACAUGGGGCUAAGGUGUUCGGCUAGAGCAAACAGGAAUGCAUAGGUCUGAAGAGACAGGCAACACCAUUCACCCCCUCAACAAGCAGACCUAUGCAUGACAGCUGCACAGCAGAGCACAUACAAUAAUGCCGUAAUGCCACAGGUAUCAGGAGACAACACGCUCCCGAAGUAGGGAGCCUUGCAUUGCGUGUCCUAGCUAGGGGGAUGUGCCAGGUACUGCUGGGCGGGAUAAAGCUGCUAUGGUGCUACCUGCAAAGUCCAGAUGUUUGCACAUGCACUAUAAAUAAACGGCUGAUAUAACCUGCGUCUAGACCUGGCAUAGUCCUGAUCGGCCUUAGAAAACGCCUGUAGCAAGAUCUGAUAGUGCAGUAUGUACAGCUUUGUCUAGUCAAGGACUUGUUUGGGUCAUCUUGCGCGUGCUGUUUUGAAUGACACAAUCAGCCCCCAUGGAUGCGUGAAUGCAGCCGCAUAUGCAUGCAUGCGCAUCCCACUUGUGUAGUGUUAGUCGAGACUCACUGC